AGUACCUACUCUUGAUAGAAUGGAUGUGUGUUUUCACAGGUUGUUAUUUCCACUAUCAGAUCCCUGGGGGGACAAGGCUAGACUUGUCUAGCCUUGUUUCAACAGAGACUGAUUUGUGUGGGUGUUGCUUGAAUAAGUAAAUAAUGUGUGUUGUCUACAGGAUGUGGGUGCUUCAAUAACAUCGCAAGUAGCAUUUUACGAUGUCGCCCGCCCUGAGAACAUGUCUUUAAGAGUCAACACAGUCAACUGAACUUCCACCAGGUUAUGAUGUCGUGCGUAAAGAGAACACGCAAGUUGAAUACGAAACUAUACCAUUAGCUCUGACAGGCAAACGUACACCCACCACCAGUGAGAACCCUCCACCCCUUCCCCCUCCCAUGAUACGAGGAGACAGUGAGGUACCUGAUCUACCACCCCCCUACAAUCCUGCUGUGGAUAACGAGAGUGUUGUUGUUAUGUCAGUGGAGAGCUCUAUCAGCCAGGGUGUGGAGAAUCAGUCAGUAGAUGAGGAAGUUGAUGAGUCAUUGAAGAUAGAUCUAUCAGUCAGCGACACAGAACAUGAUGGUACUACAGAAGAGGCCAUUGGUAGCUCUGAAGCUCAACCAGAUGUCAACUGUGUAGACACAGUACAAGGUGCAGAGGGUGGAGCUGGUAACAAUGACCAUGGUGGACAAGAGGCAAUGAUCGCUGCGCAGCACCAGUACACGCUGGUGGUUCCCAAACCAGCCAGCGGUGAUGCCAAGGUGAAGAACUCAUCCACCGUCAUCUACUCUGAGGUGGACAAGGACAAACUCGUACCAGUCGUCCCACCACCAGUUGCCAAAGCACAAGGGCAGUACAUUCCGGUGGAGACCAGGCCAGCCAGCAGUGAUGCCAAGGUGAUGGACUCCACCAAGGUCGUCUAUGUCCAGGUGGACAAGGACAAACUGAAACCAGUCGACCUGAACGACCCACCAGCUCUUCCACCACGACGCCCUGUCACUACUGAGGAGCUGCACACAGAGAAGACACUAGAUUCACUGUUCAGUUGUAGUAUGACCAGUAAUUGUAGUCCAUGA